AUGAAUAGUGACGAGAGUUUUCUAAAUGAAUUUUUGAAUGGAAGCGAUGAUGACGAUACAAUUGAAAUUUUAGCCUUGAGACGUGCAAGAAAAAAGCAAAACGAACAAAGUGCAAGCUCAAGGAAAUCACGGAGCUAUAUUGACCGGGCCACUCUAGAAGGGCAUAACCGCUUAUUCAAAGAUUAUUUUGCAAUGAUACCAGUUUAUUCAUCUCAAAUGUUUCGUAGGAGAUUUCGAAUGAGUCGUGAGCUAUUUAUGAGGAUUCACUCGAGAGUGGAAGCACAUGAGCCUUACUUUCAACAAAAAAGAAAUUCUGUUGGCAAAUUAGGUUUAUCAUCACUUCAGAAAAACACUGUAGCACUACGAAUUUUGUGUUAUGGGGUAGCAGCUGAUUUCAUGGAUGAAUAUAUACGAAUUGGAGAAACCACAACUAUAAAAAGUCUAAGGUAUUUUGUUCAAUCAAUCAUUGAUAUUUUUGGUCCUGUGUAUCUACGAAAACCAAACUCAAAGGAUAUUGCAAGAUUACUUCAAAUUGGCAAAGUUCGUGGUUGUUAG